AUGUCUACUGAAAACAUAAGUAUUAAGUCUCAAAAACUUGGUGAAGCAGUACAUGAAGGAUGGCUGAUGAAGAGAGGCGAGCACAUCAAGAAUUGGAGGCCAAGAUAUUUCGUUCUUUUCAAGGAUGGUGCUUUGUUAGGGUUCAGAGCGAAACCUGAUCCAGACCAGCCACUUCCCGAUCCAUUGAAUGAUUUUACAGUUAAAAAUGUUCAGUUGAUGAAAGUAGAAAGGCCAAAACCAAACACAUUCCUAGUUCGUGGCCUGCAGUGGACAACCGUCAUUGAAAGAAUGUUUAAUGCUGAGAGUGCCGAAAUACGUGAGGGAUGGAUUAAUGCAAUAAAGGUUGUUUCGGACUCGCUUAAGGAGUCGGAAUCUGAAAUGGAUACAGAAAUAAUGGAAGAAUCUAGUAUUCUGUCCGAAGUAAAUCGUCAGAUAACAACUACGCAUGAGCAACUCAAAAUGUCAGUGAACAGUGGAGGACGAGAUAUGAUGAGUAUGGCUGAUGCUGCAGAAGCUGCACGAAGAGAUAAGAUCUCUUUAGAAGAUUUCGAAUUCCUGAAAGUACUAGGUAAAGGUACUUUUGGUAAAGUAAUCUUGUGUAAAGAACAACGAACAAGGAAACUUUAUGCAAUCAAAAUAUUGAAGAAAGAAGUCAUUAUUCAAAAGGAUGAAGUGGCGCAUACUUUAACAGAGAAUCGUGUGUUACAAAGAUGCAAACAUCCGUUUCUAACUGAACUACGAUAUUCAUUUCAAACCAGUGAUCGACUAUGCUUUGUUAUGGAAUUUGCAAUUGGCGGUGAUCUUUAUUAUCACCUUAAUAAGGAAGUACAGUUGAAAAGAGCAGGAUUCAGUGAAUCACGUACUUGCUUCUACGGUGCUGAAAUCGUCUCCGCAGUUGGCUAUUUGCACGCAAACAAUAUUAUUUAUCGAGAUCUGAAGUUAGAAAAUUUGCUUCUGGACAAAGAUGGCCAUAUAAAGAUAGCCGAUUUUGGUUUGUGUAAGGAAGACAUAUCCUUCGGUGAUCGAACAAGGACUUUUUGUGGUACACCAGAAUAUUUAGCUCCCGAGGUACUCGAAGAUAAUGACUAUGGUCGUGCAGUGGAUUGGUGGGGUGUCGGUGUUGUGAUGUAUGAAAUGAUGUGUGGCCGUUUACCGUUUUAUUCAAAGGAUCAUGAAAAAUUGUUUGAGCUAAUUCUUACUGGUGCUAUACGUUUUCCAUCAAAAUUAACAGCACCAGCUAGAGCUUUGCUCACUGGAUUGCUGGUUAAAGAUCCGAAUCAAAGACUUGGUGGAGGACCGGAAGACGCGCAAGAAAUUAUGCAGCACGAAUUUUUUAAUAAUAUCGACUGGGAAAAGUUGUAUCGGAAAGAAAUCACUCCUCCAUUCAGGCCGAACGUUCAAUCGGAUACUGAUACAUGUUACUUCGACAAGGAAUUUACUCAGGCUCCAGUACAACUUACUCCACCAUCAGUUCGUUCAGGACCUUUGGAUACAGUUGAUGAAAUGGAUGAAAUGCAAAAUAAUUUUGUACAAUUUUCUUUUCACAAUGCAGUGUCGUCUCCUUUGCGUAAUGUUAAUGAUACAAUGGACGCACUCGAAUAA